AUGUUUCGUUGUAGGAUAUGUGCAGAACCUCCUUUUAGUACUUUAUUUAGUUUACCAAUAUUUGGAGGUUAUUUUGUAGAUAAAAAAAAAAGUGUUUAUCCGACUGUAAGCGAGGGUGACUCGUUAUUUGAAACUCAAUCAUAUGGAAGUUCAGUAAUAACUCCGUCAAAUUUGAGCUCCUUUGAACCAAGAAAUGAAGCUGAAACUUUAGCUAUUUGUGAUAUUUGGAAACGUUGUGUUCAUGAAAGAAGUAGAGAAUUUUGGAGAACACCUGAGAAUUUACUUGAGGUCUUAUCAGCAAUAUCAAGGGGAGUUCACCGUUUGGAUGACCCUAUUCUUGGAGAUCCAGAACGUUGUGUUUUGUGGUAUGGACAGGUUUCAGCAAUUGAUGGAUGCCCUGUAAUUAGAAUGAAGAGACCAGAAGAAACUAUGAAUAGAAUUAAAAAAGUAGAAGAUAAUGUGGAAACUCAUACAUAUGUUAAUAGAGCUUUAGUUUUUUUGUAUGCAAAUGAUGAAUCUUUUGAAGAAUUACAGUUGAAACCUAGAGUUGCUUUUAAUAUGGCAUGUGGUAAUAGAAGAUGUGUACAUCUUCGACAUAUAUCUCUUGAAGAUUAA